UCUAUGCUGCCAGUCACUACAGCAGAGAUGGAACCUAAUGGCAGCUUCAGGGGUGCCAGGGAGAACUGCACAGUGGAUGACUUCAAGAGGAAUUUUUAUCCCGGAGUCUAUCUGGUUGUAUUUGUCGUGGGGGCCUUGGGAAAUGGCUUUUCCAUAUUCGUUUUCCUGCAACCUUCUAAAAAGUUCAAAUCGGUGAAUGUGUUCAUGCUGAACUUGGCCGUUUCAGAUUUGUUGUUUGUAUGCACACUACCCUUCAGAGCCGACUAUUACCUGAGAGGCUCUCACUGGGUGUUUGGAGAUGCUGCCUGCAGGGUCAUGUCCUAUUCCUUUUACGUCAAUAUGUACAUCAGUGUUUACUUCCUGACUGCGUUGAGCGUUGUGCGAUUCCUGGCUACUGUGUGUCCCUUCAGGCUCUUGCAUAUGACCAGCCUCAAGACCGCCUGGGGCCUGUGUGCAGCCAUCUGGGUCUUCAUCAUGGCCCCCUCUGCCCUGCUCCUGAGCAGUGGCUCCACCUUGAAUGGAAAGCGGGCCACCUGCUUAGAAUUAAACCCUAGCAAGAUCACCAGGUUGAGGAUCCUGAACCACGUGGUGAUGGUAGUGGGCUUUGUCCUGCCCUUCUUCACUUUGACCAUCUGCUCUCUGCUAAUUAUCAGGACCCUGCUCAAGGUCAAGGUUCCAAAGGCUGCAGCCCGAAUCUCUCACAAGAAGGCGCUGAUCACGGUUACCAUUGCCCUGAUUCUCUUCGUGCUAUGUUUCCUGCCCUAUCACAUAUUGAGGACGCUCCACCUAAUACAGUGGAGGGAGGGCAGGUGCAAUGACCAGCUACACAAGGCUGUCAUCAUCACCAUGGCCUUGGCCGUGUCUAACAGUUGCCUGGACCCUUUGCUCUACUAUUUUGCUGGAGAAAAUUUUAAACAGAGACUAAGAGCAGUAUUCAAAAGGGGGUGUUCGCAGAAAAAAAAGGCACCGGUCCUAUUUGUACAUGGUUAA